AUGAUUCCUAUUCAGACUCGUCUCCGUGAGAUGUCGCUGCCCAAGGCGGUGGCUCCUAUCGCCAACACCGAUCCAGCACAUCCCACCUUUGCCUGGAGUGGCAGCGCCUCUUCUUCCAUGUCCAGUCCUUUCGCCCCUCCACCAACUCCCAUCGACUCGCUUCUCGAUAUCAACCCACGCAAGUCGUCUUUCUCUAGUGAGCUGGGAGCCGCAUAUGCAUUCCCCUCCUGGCCCAACCGUCCCUCUCUGUCCAGCAACGACUCCACCGAUUCCUGUGCCAGUGCCUUUCUGUCUGACGACGACCUCCUGUGGAUGCCAGAGAACUCGGCCGCUGAGCGAGUCGUGGACGAGGCCCUCAACCAAGACGCCACUACCGUCUGCUCCGUGACCAUGGAACAGCAACUCUUGCGCAUGCGAGCCAUCGCCGAGCAAGAAGACCGCGCCAACUUCCUCGCCAAGGUGGAAGCCCACGCACGAGCCACCCAGGCUCUCCGUUCCGCAAAGCAAAGCAUUGUGACAGAGCGCGAGGCAUCGAAGCCCAAGAAGCGCCGCGUCGCGCCCGCUCCCAAACGCCGUGCUCAGUCGGCAUCCAAGGUGCUCGGUUAA